AUGGCUCUUGACGACGACUCUCUACCUCGGGUACUCUCGGAGGAAGAAUUUUCGGAUGAUGGACAAGACAGCGAAGUCCAGUCAGUGGAUGAAAGUGACCUCUGCGUGGCCACAAAGCCAUCUCCCGAGGACGGUUUCGAAAACCUCAUUCUCGAACCUCAUGAGAGCCAUUCUGACAGGAUCACCUGGGAAAAUCCAUGGGAGACCUCAGUGGACUCGGAGAAGCGAUGGCCGCCUGAGACUCGCACAUUUGAGGGAGACGCGUCCAUGUCGAAUCCGGACUAUGACCAGCUUGCGAUCACUCAGAAAUGUGUGAAGUCUUAUCAAACGCUUUCGCGAGACAAGGCCGAAAAAGUAUUGUCAGCCUGGCACGGCCCAGAACUGCGUGCAAUACCUCUUUUCGAUGCCAACGGGGAUGACUACCGCAUCAAUUUCACGUCCCGAGCGACGCUGUAUUCCGUGUACUGUCCCACUCGACUAGAAGGCACCGACGCAAACGCAGCUUUGUCAUUCUUUGAGCUGACUCCUCGCCUUCCAACUACUGGCCAUCACUCUUUACCUCUCCCAAAGCACGUGGUACAUCUAGGGAAUCUCCAAGUCAGAACCAAGUCCCACGGGGCCAAGCCUCGGUCCAAGAGCGAGCUCUCCGAGGCCCCUUACUUCAAUGAAAUGACCGACUACACAAUCAUCGUGGACGUUGGACACCAAGACAUGCCUCUGUGGAUCGUGAGUCCGAGGGCGCGGCUUGACAUCCGCGCCGGUCUAAAAAACCUGGCUUUAAGGCCGUUGUCGAUUUUCGAUGGCUCCAUGGCUACUAAAAGUGGCGACCAUGACAUUGCAUGCAUAUUGCCUUCAAUAAGAGACCUCUCCUUGGAUCCAGAAAGGAGGCAAGCCAUGUAUCGCGAAGCAUGCGAGCUAGUGCGGCAGACUCGGGCGACAGUUGACCCUUACGAGACCAUGAUACAUCAGAACGAGAUCAAGGGAUGGUUUCAAGCUGAGCCGGAUACAUGGCCGAUACCCCCAGCACCUAUUUCCUAUGUAGGGAUCCUUUGGGACGCGGCAGUCCUGGUGUGGGAUUCUUUCCUUUACGGACGAGAUUAA